AUGUUGACACAUGAAUCUUCUGAUAAAAUUACAUCAUCCUAUAUUGAUGAACCACCAAUAAAACGUCAAUGUGGAAACUUUUUUUGCCAAUUAUACUUCGAUUCCAGCCUUGGUCAUUGGUCUUUUCUUGAGUUUGCUAUUCAACAAAGUCCUACUUACGAAGAAAUCCUUGAGAAAUGCAAAAAUGAGGAUGCAACAGUGAUCGAUUUUGGAUGUUGUCUUGGCCAAGAUACAAGACAACUUAUCUACGAUGGAGUGCCUGUCGAUAACGUACACGGUUAUGAGCUGGAUCCUUCUUUUAUCGAACAAGGUUAUGAACUAUUUCGUGAUGGGAAACUGAUGCAAACAAAGAAUAGCAUUACUACCGGUGAUAUAUUCGACGAUCAAUUUUUAAACACAAUUCAACCAGCCGAUUAUCUUUAUGUUGGUUCAUUUAUUCAUCUUUUUGACCGUGAGACACAAAAACAAGUAUGUCAUCGGCUCACUCGUAUAUGCAAACAAGCUAUUACUGGACGGCAGAGAUGGGCACGGUUCGGUUCAUGGACCGAACCGAACCGAGCCGAACCGAGCGGUUCAAACCGACACUUAUCAAGAUAA